AAUGAUACAUAAAUGAGGAAAAAAGUAAAUAAGGAACGUGAGAAAAGUGUGGGACAGAGAAGUAAAGAGAAGGAAAUACGAAAGAAGAGAAGAGACGGAAAAUAAUUUCAAUUAAGACACACAUUAAGAAAUCACCGUAGUUUAGUAGAUUUGACACAAUCAACAAUCGAUAAUUUGAAACCUCUAACAAUUCUUACAGUCAUCUUAUUUUAUUCCAUCAAAUAAUAACCAUCCAUUCAGACAAAUUGGUCAAUUAGCGAUUUUACGCAAGCCAACAAAAUUUAAAGGUCCGCACCGCAAGUCCGGGAAUAAAAAAAAAAACCGAAGAAAGCUGAUGGUGGGGCCGAAUGGCCAGCAUCAGAGGCACGUGGGGGAGAGUAUCAUCUCCAAUCCGACGCGCAGACAGAGGGAGAAAUCUAAAAGACAUCGUUCCGCCGGCGCCGAAGAAGAUCAGUCCACUGUCGCGAGCUCCUCGCCAAACAUAAAGAGAUAUGGUGCCGCGUCUCAGUGUUAAGAUGAAGAACGGGAACCCCUUCGUAUGUUAUGUUCUCCUGGUUGUGUGCGUGGAUGUCGCUCUUGCGCAGUUCAUUGGUCCGCCGACGCAAUUCCCAAGCGUCGAGCAAAGGAACCAACUAUCACUGCAACAGCAAGGUCAUAUACUGAGCGACGUCCAACAACAUCAGCACCGGUUCAAUUUGAAUCCAAACCAUCAACAGAUCACACCACAACAGUUCUCAAGGCAUCAGCAGAUUGUUCAGCAGAGUGGACUCUUCAAUCAACCACCCAAUAAUGCUUUGCCCCCACAACAGUUCUUAAGUCAGCAACAACAGCAACAGCAGCAGUUCCAACCCAACCAAAUUGUGAGCCAACAACCUGUCCUGACACCACAGACAAACCAACAAGCCAAUCAACAAGUUUUAUUGAGCCAACAACCAAACACUUUAUCCAACCAACAGUUGAUCAAUCAGCAACAACCUCACUCGAAUACAAUUCAACAACAAUUACUGACUCAAAGCCAGAUUCAGCAACAACAAAACCUACUAACGAAUCAGCAACUGAUCCAGAAUCAAAGAAUCAUUCAAAACCAACAAGAAUUGAUUCAACAACAAAAUCAACAAUACUUGAACAACCUUAACAACCCACAAUAUUUAAAUUCUUUGGGAAUUGCUGGUCAAAAUUUGGCCACCUCUUUGCCCACUCAACAAGGUCCUUUGCCAACACCUCAAAUUCAACAAUCUUCUAUCGUACAACAACCAAUCUUGCCAACCAUUCAACCCAACAAUUUACAACCCACCGUCUUCCCUACACCACAACAACCUUUGCCCAGCAUUCAAACAUUGCCACAAUCCAACAUUCAAACCCUCCAACAAUCGCUGAACAAUUUUCAAAACAAUAGGUUAGUUCAGCAUCACACCCAAACUGGGUUCACACCAAACUUCGUCGGUCAGCCCAUUCAACAAGGUUCCCUGAUCAAACCGAGACCAACCAACGACCCCAUCCAGGCAAUUCAACAACAAAUCCAAUCUUUGGAUCCCGAGAAGAACAAACAGAGGAUCAAAGAGCUGCGUGAGAAGCUUGCAAUUAUCGAAAAGCACAAUCAAUUUGUCGAGAAGCAAUACGAGAAAGCUUUGAAGAAGGCACAGCAAGAUCACGAGGAAUUCGUUGAGGAGCAAAAGGAACAGAAGAAGAAGUUGUAUCAAAAAUUGUACAAGGCUCCUGGCUCCUUUGAUUUGAACAGGUAUUCCCAGUCGAUUCCUAGGUAUAUUUAUCCUGAGGAAGCCCCACUUUUCAAACAAGCUUUGGAAAAAUACUAUCAGGAACAUCCAACUACUACGACCACCACGACUACCACUACUACUACGACCCCUAAACCUACCACCACUAAACGUACGGCUAAGAAAUUGUCGAAACCUGGCUUCUUGCCCACGGUUAUUCCCCAGACGGCGUCCAAAGUUAAAGCAAUUCAGUCUUUGGAGGACCUGGAUGAGUUAAGGAAACAGUACAAGUCCCAACAAAUUCAAAAGGAUGAUCUGCUGGCGCAACUGAGGUUGGCUAUUGGUAACACACCUGAAGGAAAGGAAACUAAGAACGUGUCCUCCAGGGAAAUCUCCUUAUCCAAUGGUAAGAAGGUACAACUCAUCGAAGCUUCCGAUCCCAAUUUUGUUCCGAAGGGGAAACUAGAAGAGAUUACCUUGCCGAAUGGCGAAAAAGUUCAAGUGAUACGUGCUAAUCCUGAUGACAUACCAGCUCCAUCUCCUGCUUCUUUGAAACCGGACGAGAUUACUUUGCCCACGGGACAGAAAAUCCAAGUAAUCAAGACUACCGAUCCGAAAUUGAUUCCGGGUGCUGGUGACUUAAAACCUGAAGAAAUUACCUUGCCUAACGGACAAAAAGUUCAAGUUAUUAAAACUACUGAUCCUAAUUUAAUCGCCAGUGCUUCGUCUGCAGCUGUAGCCACCACUCCAGCUUCCGCCGUUAAAACCCAAGAGAUUACUUUGCCCAACGGUCAAAAGGUCGAAGUUAUCAGAACCACCGAUCCCAAGCUGGUACCCGGAGCAACACCCCUGGAACCCGGAAGUGAUUUAGAGAAGCUUGUGCUGUCACGUACAACCACCCUUAAACCACCUAAAGCUGUUUUGGACGAACUGACCAAAAAUGUUGCUCCUGGAUCCAACUUUGAGUUGCUCAAAACCGGUGCCAGUGGAGGUUUGGAACAGCUGGCCAGUGCCUCCAAUCUGCCCGACAAGAAGAAAGUGACCUUUGUGCUUUUAGAGGAACAAAGCGAUGGUACUCUAAAGGUACAAGGUGUUAAAGGCAACGGCAAGGGUAAGCCCGAGGUGGACGUCGAUUCGAUUUUGAAGAAGAUCAAAAACGGCGAAAUCAAACUGCCAAACCUCAAACCCAACAUCACCGAGGAACAAGACGCCAGAAGCACGGAAAAGAACGAGAACUUGCAUGCUGUUACUGUCACUCCAAACUCAAUUGCGAGUGAGGAGGUUCCGAUUUUGAAGACGAAUAUUGGUACUCAAUUCAUUGCCACGUCCACGCCAAUUUCUACUUUGUAUACGAAAGUUUUCUCUAGUACCAGAAAACCGUCGUUCUACUCUUUGGAUGAUGGUGAUAAAAAGGUGAAGAACCACGGUACUUCGACCACUAGUAAAUUCAUUUCUUCGACUCCAAGCUCGACGAUUUACACCAAGGCCUAUUCUGCGUCCAUUAAAUCCACGACGCCCAGGUCGAUUUCUUCAAGCACUUACAAGGUGGAUACCAACAGGCAGCCCCACAUUCUCAACAAGGGUGCUUCGACAAACGACCUAAUUCGCCAGGCCUCCACCGUCUCCAACUUGAACCAGAACUCCAUCAUCAACACUUUCAGUGCCCCAACUACUUACUUCAGCCAACCCACCACCAGCAGUCUGCCUUCUUCGGUAACCCUCCAACAUAGUGUAUCACCAACAGUGCCCACCUACCCGGAGGAGUUCCCCGACCCAACCCCCGAAUACAACAAGACCAUGCUGCCCGACGUGCUGAAGAAAAACGGACUGUUCGCCAUGGCCAAGUUCCUGAAACAAUCCGGUCUGGACACCAUUUUGAACGAGACCGGCCCCUACACAGUAUUCGCGCCCACCGACAAGGCGUUCAGGACGUUGCUGGUGCAACUCGGAGGACCCGAGAAGGCCGACGAGAAGUUCAAGGAGAACCCCCGACUGCUCAGCGGGCUUUUGCUGCACCACGUCAUCCCCGGGGCCUUCUCCCUGGACGCCCUGCAGGACGAGAUGACCGGCGUGUCGUUGGCAGGAACCCAACUCAGAGUGAACCAGUACAACAUGCACGACGUCGAAUGGAACGACGUAAAGAUCACAACCAUAAACGGAGCAAAGAUACUGGACGAAAAGAAGGACAUCGAAAUCCCUCAAGGAAUAGCCCACGCCGUCGACAGAGUUAUGUUCCCACUUCCCGUCGGUGACAUCGUCCAAACCCUCCAAUCGGACAGAGAGAGAAGAUUCACCAACUUCCUGAGAGCGGUGUUCUCUUCGGGACUUGCCGAAACUUUACAAGGCACAAAGACUUUCACGUUGUUCGCGCCUACGGACAAAGCGUUCGCCGCCUUAUCUAACGAGGAUCUAACGAGGACCGUAACCGACAGGACUUUGGCCAGGGAACUGAUCCUCAGGCACUUGACGCAGGGUACUUUGUACACGAACGGCAUGAGGUAUUAUCAAAUCAGGGACAGCCUUUUGCCGGACAGGCAAAUUACGCUUAGUAAACAAUCGGGUAAAACUAAAGUGAACAACAUACAAAUCGCCACCCCCAACAUUCCAGCCACCAACGGUGUGAUCCACGGCAUCGACUCUCUCCUGUAAAAACUUCUUCGCAUCAUCAUUCAAAACGAAACAUUUUUUAAUUUAAAAAUUUCAUUCAUUACAUUACAAAACGUGUACAAAUAAAUGCAAUUAGGCUUGUAAGUGUAAAUUGAAAGGCACACCAGUUCUCACAUGUUACAUGUUUCACGUUUUUUUUAUUAUUAUUCUAUUUUCGGUCUACGUGUUGUUAAUCAUUUUGUUUCAUUAUUCGCUAGAUUUGUAAUAUAGUAAUUUAUAAGGCUGAUUUUAUUUUAUAAACUAAAUUCACCACCAACAAACUUUUGGAACUUUCUUUUGCAAAUUAUUGUAAAUUAAGUUUAUUUAAUGUAGGUUUAAGUACUGUAUAGUUAUUUUGUAAUAUAUUUUAAUAUAAUUAUUAUA